CAUGACUUUACUCCGAGCCUUCGUCCUUUCGUCAACGUGAUGCGUCCCUCAGCCCAACUCAAUUGAAAACACAAACACUCUCAUUAGAUCGCGCGUAUACUUUGUGCACCGCAAGCUCUCUUCUCAUUGCUGCAGCCGCAUCUCGGCGAUACAGCCACUGCUCACGACCUUCUGGGUGAGGUGUGAGCCGAAGAGCUUCAUCCGGCCGAGCUCCGAGUCCGAGCUCUCUCACAAAGGCAUCAUGGCGUCGGCGUCGACAGCAGCCGCAAAGAAGCUCGUCGUGUGCGGGGGCAGUGGCUUCCUCGGCUCCCGCAUCUGCAAAUACGCCGUCGCGCGUGGCUGGGACGUGACGUCCAUCAGCCGCUCAGGAGAGCCCAAAUGGGAGAACGUCACCGACUCGGCCGACACGCCCCCGUGGUCCCACAAGGUCUCGUGGGAGCGCGCCGACAUCCUCCGACCCGUCACCUACGCACCGCUGCUCAAAGGCGCCGACUACGUCGUCCAUAGCAUGGGCAUCCUCCUUGAGGCCGACUACAAGGGCAUCGUCUCCGGCAAGGACUCGCCUAUUGCCGGCCUGCAAAAGAUCUUUGCCUCACCCGCCACCCGCCCGCGCGGCGUCAACCCUCUUGACAAGAAGCUCGGCGAGGACAUCAAGCCCGAGGACCCUAACCUACAGUUCUCCUACGAGGUCAUGAACCGCGACAGCGCCGUCGCCCUCGCGAGGCACGCCUCCGACGAGGGCACGGGCGCCUUCUGCUACAUCUCGGCAUGCGGCGGCGCGCCCAUCAUGCCCCCGAGAUACAUAUCCACCAAGCGCGAGGCGGAGAGCGCAAUCGCCACCAACUUUCCGCGGAUGCGCAACGUCUUCUUCAGACCGCCUUUCAUGUACGACGGCUCGCGAAAGUUCACCAUUGGCAUGGCUGCCAUGGCUGGCGCGGGCACGAUAUUCAACAACCUGACAGGCAAGUACCUGAACAACUUCAUGGGUGCGGCCGGCACGAAGCCCCUCAAGGUCGAGGUGGUGGCCGAGGCCGUUGUCGAGGCGCUCAGCGACGACAAGGUGCAGGGCCCCGUAGAGGUGCCGGAGAUUGAGGAGCUCGCCACCAAAGCAUGGAGGAAAGGCAUGCUGUGAUAACUUGUAUACCGACCCAAAAAAGCGCUAAAAUGUACAAUCCACGCCAAGACAACAGCCGCUCGCCUCUAUGGACCUUUCCAG